UCGAAAUUGGCCCUCCAAGAUUUUUUUCGGAUGAGCUGAGCUGAGAGACGGACGCGAGGCCGAGGAGAGAGGGAGAAGGGGCGUGGGGCGCGAAGAUGUAGAAAGGCUGGAGACGGCGUCAUCGAACACAAAGCUAUUCGGACGUUUCUUUCUCCUUCUGUUCUCCUCCCUUUCCAUCUCAGAAUCCACGGAAGAAGAAGAAGAAGAAGAAAAAGAAAAAGAAAAAGAAGAUUUUGCUUCCAUGUGGGAAGGCGUGCUGCAAUGGCGGCAAAUUCCUGCAUUUCAGCCGCUAGGAUGUGGUAACUCGGGGAGCACUGCUCAACCGUCCUCGAGGAAUGUGGGACUUGGGAGUUUCGCAUCUCUUCUCCUGGACAAAGAGGAGGUGGACAAGAAGAAGGGAAAGCAGAGCGCAAUGUUUAGUCCACCUUGUUUCCCCAGCGCAGAGCAGCUCCGGAAGCACCCGUUGGCGCUUCUGUCCUUCGUGCCCAAGGACGUUGUCCUCUUCUGUGCUGGCGCCCUUGCUGGUGCCGCUGCCAAGACCGUUACCGCUCCACUUGAUAGAAUCAAACUGCUCAUGCAGACUCAUGGUUUGCGGGCUGCCGAAGUAACUACGACGAAGGGCAUCGGAUUCCUUGAGGCCUUAACAAUGAUAGGGAAGGAGGACGGUGUUAAAGGGUACUGGAAAGGGAAUCUUCCUCAGGUCAUAAGAAUUAUACCAUAUAGUGCCGUUCAGCUGUUUUCAUAUGAAGUGUACAAGAAACUUCUCAAAGGGAAAGAUGAGCAGCUUUCUGUUGCUGGUAGAUUGAUUGCUGGAGCUUGUGCUGGCAUGACGUCUACUCUUGUAACAUAUCCUUUAGAUGUUCUAAGAUUAAGGCUGGCUGUUGAUGCAAGCCAUAAAACAAUGGCUCAGGCUGUUCUAAACAUGUUAGAAAGUGAGGGAAUAGCUUCUUUUUAUUGUGGUCUUGGACCUUCUCUUCUUAGCGUAGCUCCCUACAUCGCCAUCAACUUUUGCAUUUUUGACUUGGUUAAGAAAUCUCUUCCUGCAAAAUACCAAAAUCAACCCGAAUCAUCACUUGCCACUGCGCUGGCAUCAGCAGCUCUUGCUACUCUCAUGUGUUAUCCUUUGGAUACUGUGAGAAGGCAGAUGCAAAUGAAGGAUUCACCGUACAAAUCUGUACUGGAAGCUUUUCCAGGAAUUUGUUCGCAUAAGCAGGUAUUAUGGCACGUGAUGGGACUGUUGGGUUGUAUAGAGGUUUUCUUCCAAAUGCUCUAAAGAACCUACCAAACAGCAGCAUUCGCUUGACUACAUUUGAUUGGGUUAAAGGCCUUGUUGCAACAAGCCAAAAGGAGAUGCAGAGAUUGAUGGAUGAAAAUUGAGAAAGGGUGGCUUCCUUCCAUGAAUAACUCUUGUUCCGGUUGAUUUCUGCUGUCUUAAGAUGGCUGCUGUUGUUGUCAAUCUGAUUUUUUGAUCGUCAAGUUCGUCUAAUAAGGUUUUGAAUGGGGGGCAUGAUUAUCAUUGUUUGGCUUAUCUGGAAAGCCAGGACGACCAGUGAUUGUUUCCUUUUCUCUUUUAGCUAGGUGUGAAGUUCUUUCUGUUGCGACUCUCUCUUCAGCUGGUUGAGACCGGCGUGUGCAAUAUUGCUGAACAGUAGUACGUCCAGAGAAAUUAAACAUCAAAUGACCAUUAUGUUUGA